AUGAAGUUAUGUAUCAUAACUUUGAUUUUUACUUCUAUUUUUGUUUAUUGUGGCUGUGAUGGAGAACCAAAAUGCGGAUGCAAAAAAGCGAAUCGUAAUGCUGAACUUUCAAGGUAUGAAAAAGUUAAUUUCAAAGAUGAUGCUAUUUUUGAAGAACAAGAAAUAAGUAAAGAGCCAAGUGAUGAAUACUGCACUAAAACUGAAGAUUUCAACUCUUUACCUCGAACAAAUCAAAUGGUUUAUUUAAAAGGAGGAAAAUUUGAAAUGGGAACUGAUAAGCCUAUAUUUGUGGCUGAUGGUGAGGGGCCUAAACGUUCAGUUUUAAUUAAACCCUUUUAUCUUGACAAAUAUGAAGUGUCGAAUGCUGAAUUUAGUAAAUUUGUUAGUGAUACUGGAUAUAAAACUGAAGUUGAAGGAUUUGGAGAUUCAUUUGUGUUUGAAAACCUUUUAAGUGAUGCUGUAAAAGAUACCGUUACUCAAGCCGUAGCCAGAGCUCCAUGGUGGUUACCAGUGAAAGGAGCAAAUUGGAUGCAUCCAGAAGGCCCUGAUUCAAGUAUUUCAGAAAAAAUGGAUCAUCCUGUUGUACAUGUAUCAUGGAAUGAUGCUAAAGCAUAUUGUGAUUGGGCUCAAAAAAGAUUACCCACUGAAGCAGAAUGGGAGUAUGCUUGCAGAGCAGGAAAAAAAGACAGAUUAUUUCCUUGGGGAAAUAAUUUUCAACCAAAGGGUGAAUACAGGGCAAAUAUUUGGCAAGGUGCUUUUCCUAGUCAUGACGAAGGACUUGAUGGUUAUGUUGGUACAAGUCCUGUAACAGCUUUUCACGAAAAUGAUUUUGGUCUUAAAAACAUGAUUGGAAAUGUUUGGGAGUGGACAUCAGAUUUUUGGGAUAUUAAGCACAAUAAGGAACCUGUUGAAAAUCCAACUGGCCCAACUAAAGGAACUGACAAAGUAAAAAAAGGAGGUUCUUUUCUAUGUCAUAAGAGCUAUUGUUAUAGGUACAGAUGUGCUGCUAGAAGUCAAAAUACUCCAGAUAGCUCUGCCAGUAAUUUAGGUUUUAGGUGUGCUGCAGAUAAACUUCCUGACUAUUUAAUUGAUGAAUGA